CCUCAGCAUCUCCACCUGCAACACUAACCCCCGCCUCACCACAGGCAAGUUCAUUCACCUUAUCACCUCCCUGAGUUACCUCACUCAGAGAGCCGGCAUCCUGCGGUUUGGGGGUCUCCAGUUGGGGAUCCUGUUUCAUCACCGGACCCACACUCACUGGAAAUGCUGUACUGUCCAAAUCCUCCAGCACUGAGGCUUCCACUGCAAUAGAUACUGUGAUGUCGGUAACUGCAUCUGCUAGAAUCGGAGAGUCUGCUGUUCUACAAUGUCACAAUAUCACAGAUCAGACCCUCAUGUCUGUAAUAUGGAAGAUUCAGCUCCAGAAUAAUUAUACAUGCUUACUGUCAAGAAUGGCUUCAGAUGAUUCAAAAUCAAACAACAGCUGUAAUCAGAGAAUUAAAGGUGACAAUUUAUCACUGACCAUCGAUAGUGCUCUGAUAUCUGAUGAAGGAAACUACACCUGUGAAAUAGUAACUGGCCAUACUGGGACAUUCAUCAGUGUAACUACAUUACAUGUAUCAGCUGAGCCCUCUGUGACCCUGGGAUUGAGCGGAGAGGGGUCUCCUGAGUGCAGGGCCAUUGGGGGGUACCCGGCAGCAGUCAUCUCCUGGGUCCCACAGUCACAGGAUAUAAACACAACAAGAGCAGAGAAUCUGGAUGGGACAUGGACAGUGACCAGUGUAUACAGCGUGAUGUGCGGCAAUGUGACCUCUGUGACCUGUGCUGUAUCUCAUCCUACGUUUAUGGGUCCCCAGGAGAAAUCCAUCUCAGUGUGUGGAGGUGAGACUUACAGCCUGUGGGUGCUGGCAAUUAUUCCCAUCCUCCUCUUCUUCACAGGAUACGUUGUCUACUGGAAACGAUCACAACUCAGAAAAUGCUUCAAAAUGUCACUUAACACAACCCCGCCUCAGCUACAGGAUGGAACUGAAGAGGUAAAGGAUGAAGGUGGAGGGGACAAUCAAGAAUUUGAGCCAUACGCAAUGUACACCCAAAAAGAAAAUACUAUUUAUAGCCAAGCGUCAAAGGAAUGAUGCAGUCUGCAAAAUGUCAUAUGAGACAACAGCCCUGGAUCCAGUACAGAUAUACAGACACUGUAUGGUUGUAUGAUAUAUGUAGGAGCCAGACGUCUGCAAGGAGCACAUAUGGAAAAUCAUGUCUGGUUUGGAAACAAGACAUUAAACCAUUAGCACUUA